CGCAGAUAUAUUUGUGCGUGCGCACUAGACGCAGACAUUACGGUAACCCGGCGUCGCCGCAAGACCCCCGCAGGCUGAUGUUCUCAUCAUCCUCCGACCCCUGCAUCUUCUAAGCGCCCGUCCAGCCGUCAUCUUGUUGCUUUCCUUGGCGUCUUUUCCGACGCCGACGCCACGUCACGCGAUGAUGUUGCCCGACAGAUGCUGCCGUGCUCGGCCAUAGAUUCAUCUCCACCCCGCUCCUCCUCCACCAAAACCAAGAAACCCCGCGUCCGCCUUCGGGUCGUGGUCUCCUGCGUACGAUGCUCCCUGCCAGCGCCGCAUCCAUGCUGCCGUCCGCAGAAGCCGCCAAACUGUACCAGACCAACUACGUCCGCAACUCCCGCGUCAUCGGGCUGCUGUGGGCCAUCUUCACCAUCCUGUUCGGCAUCGUCAACGUCACCAUCUUCUCGCAGCCCUACUGGAUCGGCGACGGCAUGGACACGCCGCAGGCAGGCUACUUCGGCCUCUUCCACUACUGCGUGGGUGACGGCGUGUCCAGGGAGCUGGCGUGUCAGGGCAGCUUCACCGAGUUCGCCGCCAUCCCCUCCAGAGCCUUCAAGGCAGCCUCCUUCUUCAUCGGCAUGUCCAUGAUGCUGGUGGUCUCCUGCAUCGGCUGCUUCUCGCUCUUCUUCCUCCUCAGCACCUCCACCGUCUACAAGAUAUGCGGAUGGAUGCAAGCUCUGGCAGGCGUGUGUCUGGUGCUGGGAUGCAUGAUCUACCCCGACGGCUGGGACAGCGAUGAGGUGCGGCGGAUGUGCGGCGAGCAGACGGACAAAUACAGCCUGGGCGCCUGCUCCAUGCGCUGGGCCUACAUAUUGGCUAUCAUGGGCAUCCUGGACGCCCUCAUCCUCUCCUUCCUGGCCUUCGUCCUGGGGAAUCGACAAGACGGCCUGAUGACAGAAGAGCUGCUAGCAGAGAGCAAGGAGGCAGGCAAUGCUUGAAAACAUUUAGGCUCCCAUGCUCUACUUGUACAAUGUUCCCGCAAAGAACCAUCCCUUCAACAUCAGGUCGCAGGAGGAGAAAAAAGGACAAACCCCAACCAGCCUGACCCCAAAAAAAAGAAGAAGAAGAAACUCUGAGUAAAUGUCAUCUCGUUUGCUUGCAGCCCCUUCCAUCAUCUCCAGGCUCCUGCUCCAGCACUUAGACAUGUAAUGCACAUGGUGUGUCUGACGCCCUGUUGCUGAUGUCCACCAUGGCGGGGGCGCAGACUGUUAUCCUGGUGAAGAGUGCGGGUAGUAGCAGCUGCAUUGUGAGCACACACCCACUCCGAUACAACCCACACUUUGAUGUACUAUACUCUAGUCAACUCCGCCUGUGUCACAAUUUAUCCCGAGAAGCUUAGAAUCGAUGUACAGUAAAUAUGUUGUGUUCAUAAUAAUGUAAGGCUCGACAACAUCACGGAAACGUCUUUUUUUUUUAAUUUAAUUUUAAAAACUAUUUUUAAGGUUCAUUGGUACGUCUCUUUUCUCUUCACAUGUCAAAUAUCUAGGUUGAAGUGUGUAAAAUAUAUACUGUAGGACGACGCUUUUAGGACUUUUAGGUCAGGGGUCCCCAGACUAAGGCUAAGUAAAAAAAAAUAUAUAUAUAUAUAUUUAUACAUGUAUAUAUAUUUUUUUCUUUUCUUUUUCUUUUUUUUUUUUUUUUUAAAUCUGUCCUUUCUGAUCCACUUUAUACCGCUUGUUACUCUCUAGCCGCUGCGUAUACGGCCCGCCAGCUUCGAAAAUCUGGCCCACGGGAAGUCCCAAGUUAAAUUUAUUUUUAUUCAUUUGAUUUAAUUUUUUAAUAUCUGUCCUUUGUAAUCAAUUUUCUACUGCUUGUUACUCUUGGUUUCUCCUCGGGGUUUAGGCAAAUUAUAUUGUCUAAAAAUGCAUUUGUCCAUCGAUAACGUGACAUCAAGUGCGCGCACUUACAGUCAAUUAGUGCAAGGAAUAUAUAUAUAUGUAGGUGUGGGAAAAAUCACAAGACUACUUCAUCUCUACAGAACUGUUUCAUUAGGGGUUCCCUCAAUCAUCA